AUGGAGACGAGCGCGCACCCCUAUUGGCCGCGCGCGCUGGCGUUGCCGGGUUACGUGGCUGCCGCGCGGCCCGGCUGGCAGUGCGCAGGCGCGGUGGCGGCGGCGGCGGCUGCGCUGUUGGCGCUGGGCUGGGUUUUGGGCGGGGCCGGGGGCGGAGCAAAGGGCGGGCCAAAGGGCGGGGCCAAGCGGAGCCCCGCCCGCCGGCUCGUCCUGGGCUGGUUCCUGCUCUGCACCGGCAUCCAUGGCGUCCUGGAGGGAUAUUUCAGCCUCCGGCACCGAGAGCUCCCCGCCGACACCGGGCUGCUGGCCGACGUCUGGAAGGAAUACGCCAAGGCCGACAGCCGCUACAUGACGAGCGAUGACUUCACGGUUGCCAUGGAGACGGUGACAGCCUGGGCCUGGGGUCCCCUCAGCUUCCUCACCUUCCUGGCCUUGCUCCGCCAGCACCCGGCUCGUUACGUCCUGCAGCUCAUCGUGUCCCUUGGUAUGGCCCUGUCNNACGUUCUGUACUUCGCCACCGAGGCCCGGGCGGGUUGGACCCACAGCGACCCCCGCCCUCUUUAUUUUUGGGUUUAUUUCGUUGGCAUCAACGCGGUCUGGGUGCUGGUGCCCGGCCUCCUCAUGCUCGAUGCCUGGCACCAAUUGGCCACUGCCCAGCGUGGCCACGACCGACCCCGCCACAAAGCCCACUGA